CCAACCACUUCAGAGAACAAUAAAGUGCAACUGUCGGAUUACAUCUGUUUACUGCCAAACUACAGAGAAGACCUUAAAUACAGCACGACUCAUCUAUGGAAUCAACAAACAAUCCAGAGAAGAAUCUGAUGAGGGAUGGUAACAGUCCACAUCAGCUCAAGGAAAAGACUAAGCAGAGAGGCCAAUGGGCCAAUAAGAGGGAAUUCCUCUUAGCCGUCAUUGGAGAAAUCAUCGGUCUGGGGAAUGUUUGGAGGUUUCCAUAUCUCUGCUUCAAAAAUGGAGGAGGAGUUUUCCUGGUGCCUUAUAUCUUGUUUCUGGUCACCUGUGGAAUCCCCAUCUUCUUCCUGGAGGUGUCAGUGGGACAGUUAACUGGUCAAGGUGGAGUCACAUGCUGGAGGAAAAUAUGUCCUUUAUUUGAAGGUUUAGGUUACGGGAGUCAAGUGGUCAUGGUUUACACUGUGAUUUAUUAUAUCGUCAUCCUGGCCUGGGCCUUCCUCUACCUCUUCUCUUCCUUCACCUCUGAGCUCCCCUGGGCCAGAUGUAACAACACCUGGAACACAGACAACUGUGUUGAUUCUGGUGACAAUGACUCAGCGUACGGUCAUCUCAACCAAAAUGUGACAUCAUCAGUCAAAGAAUUCUGGCAGAGACGGAUCCUACGUUUGUCUGAUGGGAUUGAUGAGAUAGGGGACAUGUGUUGGGACCUGGUUGGGUGUCUUCUUCUUAGCUGGAUCGUCUGUUACUUCUGUAUCUGGAAAGGCGUCAAGACUUCCGGAAAGGUUGUCUACUUCACAGCUACUUUUCCUUAUUUGAUGUUGAUUGCGUUGCUGAUCAGAGGUGUGACUUUACCUGGAGCCAUAGACGGGAUCAGGUUUUACCUCGCACCUGAUCCCACACGUCUGACAGAUCCACAGGUGUGGAUGGAUGCUGGGAGUCAGAUUUUAUUCUCCUACUGCGUGUGUACAGGUUGUUUAGCAUCUCUGGGAAGCUACAACAAGUUCAAAAAUAACUGCUACAGAGAUACAUUUGCCCUGUGCCUACUGAACAGUUUAACCAGUUUUGUAGCUGGAUUUGCUGUCUUCUCUGUCCUUGGCUUCAUGUCAUAUGAGUUGGGUGUUGACAUCAGGACAGUGGCUGAAUCAGGUCCUGGUCUGGCUUUCAUUGCAUUUCCUCGAGCGAUCACCAUGAUGCCUUUACCUCAGCUCUGGGCUGUGUUCUUCUUCAUUAUGAUUAUCUUCCUUGGACUGGACAGUGAGUUUGUGUAUCUGGAAGGUUUGGUCACAUCCAUAUCAGACAUGUAUCCAUCCUUCUUUCUCACCGGUCAUCGGCGUAAAUUCCUUCUGCUGCUCAUCUGUGGUGUGUCCUUUGGUAUCGGUCUGUUUAUGGUGACUCAGGGAGGACUUUAUGUAUUUUUGCUGUUUGACUACUAUGCUUGCAGUGGAAUGCCAAUGAUGUUUUUUGCCAUUUUAGAGUCGAUCUGUGUGGGAUGGUUAUUUGGUGCUGACCGUUAUUAUGAGAAAGUCAAGGAAAUGAUCGGCUACCGCCCUGCUCCUUAUAUGAAAUACUGCUGGAGGUUUGUAACACCGUCUGUCUUGCUGGGUACAUUACUUUUCUUUCUGGUCAAGUUCACUCCUCUGAAAUACAACAACACCUAUGAGUAUCCCUGGUGGGGCUACGCUAUCGGAAUGUUUCUGGCCUUCUCUUCCGUUCUGCUCUGCCCUCUGUGGAUGCUCUACAGUUUGACAGUAACAUCAGGAUCUCUGACACAGAGGCUGAAAACAUUAUGCACUCCAGCUGCAGAUCUGUCUAAAGAAUCACCGAUGAGGAAUGUCUGCCCUGAAACAUCAGAGCUGUGUGCUCUAGAUGAAAAACCCAAGCGCUGAAGGAGCUUGUACUGUAAUGUGGGUCCGGUCCCACUGACUGUGGGCUGUGACUAUUUAAUGGAAGCUGGUCCAUUGUACAGUGUUUCUCACCUGAGUUUCAGCAGACAGCUUUUUUUUAAUGACAGAAUAAAUAUUUGUUCUUGAUGCAGUUUUUUUUUUUUAAGAUUUGAUUCGGGGAAAACAAUUUUCUUUAAUUAUGGGGAAUAGUUAAUGUGGUUUUGUGGUGAAAAGUGAUUUAGUGGUAAAAUCAAACUUCAGUUACCGAUCAUGUUUUGAUAUAAACUUCAUCUCAGGUUUUAUUCUGUGGAAUGUAACAUCAUUUUGGGGAUUAUGAAAGCUACACACACAGGCAGGUUAGGCAGUAGAGGUUUGUGCGGCAGUGCUUAGUGAUUUGACAUGUUUUUCGAUUGGCCUUUGUGUUGUUGUUGGUCAGCAUUAAUUCUGAGGGGGAAUGGAGUUGAAUGUGAAGGAUUUUGUUACCAUUUCCAGUUUAGAAGAACAUAAUCAGUGCACAAAAGAUGACAUGAUGCACGUUGUGUUUUUCUUUUUUCUCUUAUUCCUCUUAAUUUUAUUGUGGUGAUUACUGUUAAUUAGUGCUGUCAAAUGAUUAAUAUUUGUAAUCAGAUUAAUCACAGGGUUGCUGUGGAUUAAUUUUGGUUAAUCCUGAUUAAAUAUUCAUUUUUAAUCGAUAUUAACUGCGUUCCAUUUUGCAUGAACAAACAGACUCAAGAAAGAAGGGAAUAUAUAUGCACUUAACGUGUUUAUUAAAGGUGCUGGAAACUUUCGUGACCGAUUUUUCAUCAAAUCUGUAAAACCUCAGUCAUAGCUGAAGUAUCACGAAUCUGUAAGUCUUUCUGUGAUUACUCACCGGAAUCUCUU